AUGGCAUCAAUUGGCCAGUGGUUUCUUCAAAAUAUGGCACACGCAACUGUAUUCGCUGCAAUUGGAAAGGCCGUGUUUGUAGCUUCUGCUUUACGCUAUUUUACUAGAAUGGGUGAAAUGCGGUCUAAAGAAAAGUGUUGCCCUAAAAUAAGCAAUGCUGAAGGGGUCGUUAAUUAAUGUACAAAA